AUGAUCUUCAGCAAAGCACUGGCUGCUGCCGGCCUUUUGGCCACUGCUGCUUACGCCGCUCCCACCGCCACCGUCGAGAAGCGCGCUGCUGGUGGCAAGCUCGUCGUCUACUGGGGUGCCGAGGAUGACAGCACCACUCUGGCCAACGUCUGCGCCGACCCUUCAUACGACAUUGUCAACUUGGCCUUCCUCAGCCGCUUCUUCGCCGGCGGUGGCUACCCCGAGCUCUCCCUGAGCACCCUCGGCGGCCCCUCCGCCGCCCAGAAGUCCGCCGGUGCCACCAACCUCCAGGACGGCACUUCUCUGGUCCCCGCCAUCCAGGCCUGCCAGGCCGCCGGCAAGCUGGUCAUCCUCUCCAUGGGUGGUGCUGUCGACUUCUCUGCCGUCACCCUCACUGGUGAUGCCCAGGGCCAGCAGAUUGCCGAUACCGUCUGGAACCUGUUCCUCGGUGGUACCGCCAACCCUACCCUCCGUCCCUUUGGUAGCGUCAAGCUGGACGGUGUUGAUCUCGACAACGAGACCGGCAACCCCACUGGUUACCUUGCCAUGGCCCAGCGCUUCAAGUCCAACUUCGCCAAGGACACCAGCAAGAAGUACUACCUGACUGCUGCUCCCCAGUGCCCCUUCCCCGAUGCCUCGGAGCCCCUCAACGUCUGCCAGCUGGCCGACUACAUCUGGGUUCAGUUCUACAACAACGACAACUGCAACAUUGCCCAGUCUGGCUUCAACACUGCCGUCAAGAACUGGAGCAAGAGCAUUGGCAACGCCACUCUCUUCAUUGGUGCUCUGGCCAGCGGUGCCGACGGUGACCAGGGUUUCGUCUCCUCCAGCACCCUCCUCUCUGCUUACCAGGGCGUCUCUGCUCUCAACCUGCCCAACAUCGGCGGUAUCAUGCUUUGGGAGGCCCAGCUGGCUGUCAAGAACGGCAACUACCAGAAGACCAUCAAGGCUGGCAUCUCUUCCGGCAGCGGCACCACUCCUCCCCCCACCCAGAGCAGCACUCCCAGCGGUGGCAGUGGAACCUGCUCUUGGGCCGGUCACUGCGCCGGUGCUUCUUGCGGCUCUGACGAUGACUGCUCUGACUCCCUUACCUGCAACAGCGGUGUUUGCGGCACUGCUGGCUCUACUCCUCCUCCCGCCACCUGCUCUUGGGAGGGUCACUGUCUCGGUGCUUCUUGCGGCAACGACGACGACUGCUCUGAUCCUUACUCUUGCAAGAACGGCGUCUGCUCCAACUAA